GAAAUGAAAGUGAAAGUUAAGAAACUGCAGAGCUGAGAAGAUCUCAAUCCCUACAUUUAUCAUCUUUUAUUUUCCAAUUUAUUAUUCUCGAGCUGAUCUUAAGUGAGUUUGUCUUCCUCAUCUAGGCCAGAUUUAUUAUUCUGGAAAGCCAGAAUUUCGGAAGAGGCUCAGUUUACUGAUACUGUGCAGCUUCCAAUGUUCUUAAGGAACCUAACUUUUAAUCAGAGGGAAAAACAAGAAGGGUUAGCCACAGAGAACCAAGCAACUGCUAGCUGGUCUGACUGGAAUUCUGGCUAAAAUAAAGCAAUACCAAAUCCAUGGAAUCUGCCCCACAGUGCACAUCUAAGAAGUCCAGUCCUGUCAGGAAUGAAGAAGCAUCCGUAUCAAACCUCUUUGAAUUUUCUUGCAAAAUUAGCAACAAUAGCCCCAGAAAUGAAGUAAAUGAGGCAAGUGAAAAAUUUCCAAACCUGGAUGGAUUCAUUGCAAGCUCUGGCCACAGUGAUUCCAGUCGUUCCAAAUCAUUGAGAACCGUCGCUAAUUGUUGUGAUUCUAGUGACCCUAUGUUAGCCAGUAAACUGCAGGAAACCACAGACAUCUGUCUCAGUAGUCCCAGAGAGGCUGGGUCAGAUCAACCGAAUAUGACCUCUGGAGAGUCAAAUACAUCUGAUAGUGUUCUAUUUGUUGACUUUGAGAAUGCAAGAAAAGAAAGUGACUUAAAAUUGGACUUGGAAAGCUAUGAGACUUCAAGUUCCAGUUGUGCUGACUUCUCCAGCGAGCCUAAUAUCAAAGACACUACUGAAAGCUCUGGAAUUGGUUCAAGACAUAUUUCAUGCCUCAAAGGCAAUACAUCUGCUGAUAAUUCACAGUUGGAUAAAAUUAGUGAAACCUGUGAACUCGACGAUACUACUGAAUGCAGUAAAUUUAAAAGGCGUUCAUUUUACAGGAAAUCCUUUGAAGAAGUACAGAGGAUUGGACAGGGAUCCUUCGGUUCAGUUUAUGAAGUGAGACACAAAGUUGACAAUCACAGAUACGCUAUCAAAUGUGUGCAAAUAACUCAAGAUGAUGAUGCAAGAAAAACAGUUAAAGAAGCCCAAACACUUGCAAAAUUCUGUCACCAAAACAUCAUCCGUUACUACAGUUCCUGGAUCGACAAAUCUUCAUUACAGCGGACUAAAUAUCUCUGUAUUCAAAUGGAAUUGUGCAAGAAGACACUAAAGAACUGGUUACAAUAUGUUGGCAGAGGUGAACUGGAUAAGAAUCGACAUCAAAUAAUUCAUCAGAUCAGUGCUGGCUUGGUUUAUAUUCACAACCAAAAUUACAUCCACCGCGAUUUGAAGCCUGCCAAUAUUUUUUUUGCAUUGGACAAUAAUAUCAAAAUUGGAGAUUUUGGGCUUGUUACAUCCUGGAAGAGAGAAGGACUUGAACAGUUUUCUCGGUCCCCGGAAGUUGGAACUCGUCUGUACAUGGCACCAGAACAGAUGUCUGAAAUAUACAACCACAAAGUGGAUAUCUAUUCCUUGGGUCUUAUACUAUUUGAACUUAUGUCUCCUAUCUUGCAAUUUGGAACAAAUCAUGAGAAGCAGAAGAUAUGGACUGAAGCGAAAGAUUGUAGUUUUCCCACAGAAUUUAUAAAGGCAUUUCCAAAAGAGACGGAACUGUUAAAAACCAUGUUGAAUAAAGACUCAACCAAAAGGCCUGAUGCCCUUGAAGUUCAGAUCUCCGUUCAGAAUCUCUCACCCACAGUGUGUCCUGCAGGAAAUGGAGUGACUUCUUGUUAAAGGCAAAAUUACUUCUACAGUUUAGCUUCAAACUGUAAAACACUGUGUAUUUGUGCAAGAAACUAUUUAAAAUCUUAAGACCAUCCAAUACUUCUGUAUUCACAGCCAAAGUUAAUGUGCUUGCUUCCAGCUUAUCCACGCUUCUUGAAUGUUAUAGGACAGCAUGAUUUCUGAAAAGGGUUUUCUUCUUUCAGGUCAAUUCCCAAUGCUCUUCUGAUAGCACUUUUCAAAGCUCAUGACCUCUGUCGUCUGUUGUGACACAACGUUGAGAGGUGUGGUUAUGUUUCUAAUGAGAAGUAUGUAAGGUGUCAUUUUUAAGGGUAGACAAAUUCCUGAUCUCUGCGCCACUACAAUAAUGAUAACAAUUGGGUAUUGACCACACUUAGUGAUUGACCAGGAAUUUUGUCAGGCAUAUCUGCUCACCAGCCAAGUGCACAUCUGGAACUUCUCAUUCCCAUAAGAUUCCUGCCCUCUCGUAGGUGAAGAUUGGUUCUGAUCCAUUCCAAAUUCUUGAAAAGGAUGUAGCUUGUUCUAACUGAAUACUUCUUAAAAACAUCUAAUAGUUACUUGCCACAUCAGGUUCUGUGAUAGCAAAUAUUUUCAGUGGGAUCUUCAAUUUAUUCAGCACACCAUGAUAACCUGAUUCCAGCCAGAUGGCCAAGUAUAAAAUAGGUGCAAUUCUUUUUCUUGACAAUAAAUUUUUUACAUAACAUGUAUGUUUCUAGAUUGGAAAGUUUGAUUUAGUCACUUUAUAUUAUCGUGAUUAAGGAGUCGAUCUGUUACUGUUACCAUUUUAUAUCACAUAUCCAUCUAUCCCUUGUUACUAUUAUUAUAUAAUUAACUUUUAUCUAUUUAAGACUCUCACAUUUUAUCUCACAUAAAGUUGGGAUCAUCCCAAAGCUCAGUUGCUGAUGACUUAGCUCACAUGCAGUUCAUCUGUCACCAUGUGCUUGAUGAGCCUCAUUGGGACCCUUUCUAUUCUGGGGUCUCCUUCAUCCUCAAAAGCCUUGGAGAUAUUUGUGCUCAUUUAAUUCUGGAUCCUGGAGCUGCUUGAUAUUUGGGCUCCACUGCUGAUGGUCAUACUUUAGGUUGUCUAGUCCUGAGUUCAGGAGUUCAGUCCCCAUUUCUCUGAGACUCUUGAUCUGACUUUCCUCCUUUAAAACCACUUUAAAAUCUCUUUACUCAUCUGACAUUGUCUCUUUGUGUCUCCUUGUGUGACUUGAUACCAUAUUUUGUUUUAUAAUGCUCCUGUAAAGGGUACCUUUAUGAUGUUAAAGGUGCAACUGUUUGUUGCUAUUUCCAAUACUAUCGCUUUAAUGUACAAUUAUUCACAAAUUAGUAAAGUUGCCUCAAUUGCAAAAAGAUGAUCAGAAAAUGUAACAAUAACAAUCAUUAUGCAAAAAAUAGGAUUUCCUAGCCUUAAGUUUCCAGGAUUUUAUUGUAUUCACUCAUGGGAAUGGGAGCUUGAAACCAAAGAGUAGGAGCACAAAAAUGGCAUGAGAAAAACCCAGACUUUCAGUAACCAACCGUUACUGGGUCAUUCCCUUAAUUGCAAACUAAUACAAAAGAGAUAAACACCUCAGAAGUGGUUUCAUUGAUACCCAAACGUAUGUAUCAGAAGCAGCUGAGUCACAUUGCUACACAGGUGAGGUGAUGCCUUGGAAAAUUACAGAAACAUAGAACAGCACAGCACAGGAACAAGUGCAUCAAUGUGAAUGUUUAGUUUUACAAUCAGUCAAAAAUGUGUUGUUCUUAUACAUUGUCAAAGAAAACCUUCCAGCUUUAUUGGGAAGAACGUGGUUGGAGAAAAUCAUACCUGACUACAGUAAGUCACUUGUCAGAUUCUGAGACUGAUCAAUCACAAAUACUAAAGAAACACGCCAUUAUUUUUAAUGGGAUUUGGUUAGCAUGGAAAAGAUCUCUGUCAAGUUGAAAAUCAAGGAUGAGAAUGAAGCCAAAUUUUGAAAGGCUGCGUAAGUGCCUUGUGUAAUCAUUCAAAGCUCAAGCCAGAGUCAGAGAGACUGGUCAUGGUGGGAGUCUUUGAAUCUGUAAGUGUGAGUGAUUGGGCUGUGUCCAUUGUACCAGUGAAGAAAGGUAACCCAGUACACUCCUACAAUGAAACCAGGUACCGCAGCCACAUCACCUUCCUCAGCACCUGCCUACAGAACCAGAUCAUCCCCAAUGAACUACAGUCCUGCCUACAAACCUCAUUCCGCCCCCUUGACCUGUCCAUCCUCCCCGGACUGACCUAUCCCCUCCCUACUGGCCCACCUAUACUCUCCUCUCCAUCUAUCUUCUCCUCUAUCCAUCUUGGGUCCACCUGCCCUUCCCUCCCUAUUUAUUUCAGAACCUUCUCCCCAUCACCUUUUUCUGAUGAAGGGUCUAGGCCUGAAACAUCAGCUUUUGUGGUCCUAAGAUGCUGCUUGGCCUGCUGUGUUCAUCCAGCUCCACACUUUGUUAUCUUAAGAUCACUUUUAAUCUGGCACUGUGUGCUGACCGGUAUAAUUGGCCUAUAGUUAAUGGCCUAUUUGUUGAACUAACUGCAGCUCAGCUUUUCAGUAAAAUUAAUCAUAGUGAAACCUAUCUCUAGUUGAAUAUAGGGGAUUGUAACACAUAAGAUGUUCAAAUACAAUAUUUAAUACAAUUCAAUACAAUUUGGGAUUCCAUUUGGAAUCACAUUUGCACCUGUAUUAUUCUAACAUGCCAUGGCUCAAAUUUUAAGUGAGUCGGAAGAAUUCCCAUGUGACCUAGAUGAUAUUUUAAUCAUUUAGUUCUUUAUGAUGAUGUAGUAUAGAGAAUACUUUUUGGCAGAUCGACUUUUGGCAAGCAGAACAAAUGAGCCAGAGCCAACAUUAGUUGGAGAUCCACAACUGUGCCAAUUAGAGUCCUGGGUAUACCUGAGAACAGAACAGUAACUGGAACAUCUAAGGGAGACAGUACCUCAGGAUACCUCAACACAUUAUAUGAAUCUCUGAACACUCAUUGGGAGGUGAUGGUCUGUUCAUAUUAGUGCGAGACUAUCAAUCCCAAAACUCAGCUAAUGUUCUGGUGACCCGGGUUAGAAUCCAACCAUGGCAAAUGAUGCAAUUUGAAUUUAAUGAUAAAAGAAAUCCGCAAUAAUUGGUGAUUGUGAAACCUUUGCUGAUUGUCAGGAAAAGCCAUCUGGUUCACUAAUGUCUUUCAGGGAGGCAAAUCAGCCAUACUCAUCUGGUCUGGUUUACAUGUGACUCCAAACCCACUGUAAUGUGGUUGAUUCUCAACUGCCCUCUGAAAUGACCUCGCAAGCCAUUCAGUUCAAGGGCAGCUGGUGAUGGGUAAUAAAUGCUGGCCAGCCCGCAACACCCACGUCCCAUGAGUGAAUUUUUAAAAACGCAGUCGUUUUAGGACAAAACAAUGACAGUUAAUGUUCCUAGUACUAAAACACCAGAGGUUAAAAGCAGUAAGGAACAUAAGCAAAUGCCUGAUGAAUGCUUCAAGUCACACUGGAAUCAUCAGCCCCUGGAAUGUCUUAUGCACAUAAAUGUUGUAUAUGUGAUUGUAAAUAUUAAGAAUGUUUUUGUUGCAGGAUCCUUUGAUAAAAAGAAGAAGGGUGAGAGUAUGUUGGACUGUAACUUAAAGAGUCUGAUCACAUGAUAUCAUGAUGACAUCUUUUUGGAGAGAAAUAACUCAGUCUAACUUGCUGCCUUGAAGUGUGAACAUCUCCAAUGUAAAGCUCUCGACGUCACGCUGCAGCUUCUUACUCCUUGAAUGUAAAAGGGGCAAGCCCAAUAAAGAGACGUGUAAGGAUAGAAUUAACUACUAUUGGAAAAGGAAGUUUAUUGUAUACAGGGAGACAAUGGCAGUCAAAUCUUCGAAGAAAACAUUAAAACAAU